CGGCGGGUGGCAGGAGCGCAGCGGAGCGAGCCCGCCCACCCCCCUUAUCGGCGGCAGCUCCACCGGAGCUCGGACAGCUCGGACGCGGGGACCAGGGCUGGCCCCUACGAUGCCGGCAAUCGCGGUGCUGGCGGUGGCGGCCGCCGCGUGGUGCGUCCUGCAGGCGGAGAGCCGGCACCUGGACGCGUUCGCGGGCGGCGCCAACCAUGGCAAUUUCCUGGACAAUGACGAGUGGCUGAGCACCGUCUCCCAGUACGAUCGGGACAAGUACUGGAACCGCUUCCGAGACGAAGUUGAGGAUGAUUAUUUCAGAAGCUGGAAUCCCAACAAGCCCUUUGACCAAGCCCUCGACCCAGCUAAGGACCCCUGCCUGAAGGUGAAAUGCAGCCCUCACAAAGUGUGUGUCACCCAGGACUACCAGACGGCCCUGUGUGUCAGCCGCAAACACCUGCUCCCCAGACAAAAGAAGGGAAAUGUGGCCCACAAACAUUGGGUUGGAACUUCAAACUUGGUCAAGUGCAAGCCCUGUCCCAUGGCCCAGUCGACGAUGGUCUGCGGCUCUGACGGUCACACUUACACAUCGAAGUGCAAGAUGGAGUUUCAUGCUUGUUCUGCUGGCAAAAGUCUCACCACCCUCUGUGAUGGACCCUGUCCAUGUCUCCCAGAACCUGAACCACCAAAACACAAGGUGGAAAAGAAUGCCUGCACAGACAAGGAGCUGAGGAAUCUGGCGUCCCGGCUGAAAGACUGGUUUGGAGCCCUUCAUGAAGAUGCAAACCGGGUCAUCAAGCCCACCAGCUCUGACACCACACAAGGCAGGUUUGAUACCAGCAUCCUGCCAAUCUGCAAGGACUCCCUGGGUUGGAUGUUCAACAAGCUGGACAUGAACUAUGACCUCCUGCUUGACCACUCUGAGAUCAACGCCAUCUACCUGGAUAAGUAUGAGCCUUGCAUCAAGCCACUCUUCAACUCCUGUGACUCCUUCAAGGAUGGCAAGCUUUCUAACAAUGAGUGGUGCUACUGCUUCCAGAAGCCUGGAGGUCUCCCUUGCCAGAAUGAAAUGAACAGGAUUCAGAAGCUAAGCAAGGGGAAAAGUCUGUUGGGGGCAUUUAUACCUCGGUGUAACGAGGAGGGCUAUUACAAAGCCACACAGUGCCACGGCAGCACGGGCCAGUGCUGGUGUGUGGACAAGUAUGGGAACGAGUUGGCCGGCUCCAGGAAACAGGGUGCUGUGAGCUGUGAAGAAGAGCAGGAGACCUCGGGAGAUUUCGGCAGCGGCGGCUCUGUGGUCCUGCUGGAUGACCUUGAGGACGAGCGGGAGCUGGGGCCAAAGGACAAAGAGGGGAAGCUGAGGGUGCACACCCGGGCGGUGAGAGAGGAUGACGAGGAUGAGGACGACGACAAAGAGGAUGAGGUCGGCUACAUAUGGUAGUCCCCACGAGGAAGAGGACACAGGUUUUGCACAAAAUUGCAAGUCACUUCCUACUCCUGCAUUUGUAUCUAAGACUGAGGCACCAAGGUCUCUUCUCCACUGUUGCUCUCUAUACCGACCCAAGGUUUGGAAGACAACUCCUUGUUUCCAGAGCAUUCUGAUUUUAAAUUCAGUUGUGUGGGAGGAAGGGUGUUGUGCUUUGUUUCGUUCGUUUGUUUCGUUUCGUUUAUUAUUUUUAAGCAGGGAAUGGCUGGCUGAAUACAGUCUCCUUCCCUCCCGUGAGGUUUUUUUUGCAACAAGCAUGUGGUUUCUGUGGAAUUCUGACCGUGCAGGGAGCCCCGCCCUCCUCAGCGUCGAAGACCCUUUUUGAUUCCCCAUACUGGUGGUUAUUACAGCAUGGUUCCCGGCCUUACAGUGUCUAAGUGCUUUUCUCGUGUCCUGUAGAUGUCGUG